GGCAAUACAGUAAUCGCACUGGGCACCCUGUAAAGAUCGCAACGAAGUAAACAAAAGGCAAUUUUUUAAAAUUCGCAAAAAACCAAGAUAUGCGUAUUUUAAGUUGCCGCAUUUGCUCUGGAAUUGAUGCUCCAAUCAAUCUUUUUGACCCUGAAAAUGGUCAUCUGAUCCGUCAAAUUCUUUCCAUCACUGGAGUCGAGCUAAGUUGCAAGAAAGAACUGUACAACAUGUGCAUGGUUUGCUUGGGCGAUCUGCAGGCAGCUAUUAAGUUCCGCCAGCGCUGCAUCAUUUCCGAGAAGCAGAACCAGGAAAGGUCUGAGUCUACCGGCAAGGAUUUCCCUAAGGAACCGAUUUCCCAUGAAGAUAUUGACGAUGACCAAAUUGAGCUUGAAUUGGACGAAGCCAUUUUGACUCCGGAAGUCAACAAUCUUCCAAAGACUCGUGCAGCACCAGCCAAAGCGCCAAUAAGCUCAAGAAACCUUGGUAAUACUGGUCCGUUUGUCUGCGAUGAUUGCGGGAAAUCCAUCAACAACAGGGCGAACUUUCUGGAGCACAAGCUCAGGCACACGGGCAUCAAGGACUUCCACUGCGAUUUUGAGGAGUGUGGAAAAAGCUUUGCCACUCGGAAGGAACUAACGCGUCAUAGCCGUAUCCACACUGGCGAGCAACCCUACAUGUACUACUGUCCACGUCGGUUCUCCGACACCAGUUCCCGUCAGGAGCACCAUCGCCGCCAUCGGAACGAGCGCGGCUUCAAAUGCGACAUCUGCGAGAAGAGCUUCGUGAGUGCCGGAUGUCUCAGCCAGCACAAGAUGACCCACAUCGCCGUACGGAAGCACUACUGCUACGUUUGUCAGAAGCACUUCCAGCGGAUCUCUCAUCUGAGGACCCAUCUGUCUACCAGUAUUCAUAAGGAAAAAGCCGAGGAGGCGGAAGCAGCUCAGGAAGCUGGCAUCUUUAAAGUUUAGUCACCUCCCUAGUCUUUAUAUUAUAGUUUUUUUUGAUAUUAUCUAUUGGUAAGAAACUAUUUAAGUUCUAAAACUUAACAUUACAACAUUAUUAUGGGCCUUCCAAUAUACUAUCUAUUGGUAAAAGUUAUUUGAGUUCUAAAACUUAACAUUAUAACAUUAUUCUGUGUCCUUUGAAGAAAACUAUAUUCGUGUUAAUCACAAGUAUACUUAAUCCAGUGUCAUUCCUAAUGGCAUUUAUUGAUGUUGAAAACAGUCGAUUUUUUGUCAAAGUCUAGCUUCCAUAAGAAUAUACUAAACUGAAUCCCGCCUUGCACACAAUGUCAUAUACUACUAUAUACGUAAUCCAGAGUCAUCCUAAAUUCAUCCUUGUAAGGAAUUUAUUGAUGUUACUAUUGAACGUCCAGCUUUGAAAGUCUCAUUAUAAUUUGCAGAUUUGAAAUACAAGAUAAUCUUUAAAGAUAACACAAGUAUUAACUAUUAGUGAGUGUAAUUACGAAUUUUAAUAAAAAUAUUAAU